GCAGAUGGGAAAGCGAAGAAAAAUGGUAUGAAAAAACGCAAAAAAAAGGUACGUAAAGCAAAGCAACAAGAUAUUGAUAAUAACGUUGAUAAAGGGGAUGAAGCUUCAUUGGCCACAAGUCCAACGAGAACACAACAAGCUAGCUCGAGGCACAGCGACGAACACGACGAGGAUAAGACGGAGGAGAAGCGUCGAAACUACAAAAUUCCACGAGCAUAUAUGGUGACAAGUGAAAAUCCUCUGGCAAUCACCCUCCCACUCGUUUGA